UAUACAGCUAUGUAUCGGGGGGCUUUGGGGAGAAAAAAGGAAAAAAAUAAAAUCUUAAAAAAAAAAGAAAUAGAUUUAUAACUAUCUUGUGAAAUGCUUAAUUCCCAGGGCAAGAAAAAUUCUUAGAGGAGUUUAGAAUGUCAAUUCCAUUACAAUUUAACAUUUUCCCUUUUUUCUGAAGACUGGGAAAUUUGGGAUGUACUAUCCAUUAUCAGAGCUAAUAUUCACUGAGUACUUAGCAUAGGCUGGCAACUGUUCUAAGGGUUUUAUAUAUAAUAUAUCUAUUUAAUCCUCCUUAUAAUCAUAGAUUGGUGCUAAUUAUCCUCCUUCUAAUUUUGCAAAUAAGGAAAUUGAUGCACAUGGAAAUUAUAGCUCGCCUAGAAGGAUCUGUAGAUGGAUUUAUUACCAGACAACUGCUAUAUUAUUUUACAUCUCUCUUAUUGUUUGCAUCUGCAUACUACAGGACAAAGUCACCUGUACUCUACAUGAGAAAAACUCAUCUGUGGUCUUUGAGUGAUAGUUAGACAGAUGAGAAAUGUUUCCAAAGGUUUUCACAUUUCUAAAAGCAUUUUGAGAACGCAUAUCUGAGACCAUUCCUGAAUUUUUAACCCCAGCGUCACCAAUUCAGAAUUUCCUGUGUAUACUGAAGUUUACCUUAAGAAAUGGUCAAUUCCUUUGAAGCCAAAGAUCUCUCUUAGGAUUUCUUGCUUCUCAUCCAUAAAUCCUUUCUGAUCAGGGACUUAAGGAUGGGCCAGAAGCCAUCUCCAGUCGUCUUCAGAAUCUUGUGGGAUAUUGAUCAAGGGGUGGGGAAGUAGGGGGGGAGGUUGGGUGUUUUCCUCAGAUAUCAUAGCUGGGAUCUCGGGGUCUUGUUCUCUUCUGCUUAUUUGCACCUAUUGGAAAGUCUGUCUCUCCUCCUCCCCCUCCCUCAUACAUAUGCCUCUUUGGAGGCGAAUUGUCUUCUUUGUUUUUUAAUCUUUACUGCCCUAACACUGACUAUGGUACUUUAUACAUGUGAAUGUACUUGGGUUGAAAUUUCACUUAUUUUACCAUUAGUAAUCAUUUAAGUCACAGAAAAAAUCCACGUUAAUAUUAAGUUUAAGUGGUCAUUUAGUUUUAAAGCUUUUGACAUGGAGAUUGUUUUAGUUGUAGAGAAUAAAUUGACACAGUUAAAUAUAUCUAAGCAGCUUUGAUUUUAAACUCAAUGAAUCAAUAAGUAUUUGUUAAAUUUUGAAUUAUGUAUCUAAAUCUUUUCUUGGUACCCGAAAUAGGCUUGUUUCUUCUGUGGGGAAAACAUCAAAAUACCAAGUCACAGUGCAUGUUUUAAAAUGCAUAAGAAAGUUUUGGAUGUUGUGAGUUCCAGUUAACUGCUUGGGAACUUUGCCAUUUCAGAAAGGUUAAGUAGCAUGCCCAAGGUCAUAUACCGAUAAAUGUUAGACCAGUGAUUGGAUGUGUCUGCCUUCACAUUCCAGAUAUUUCCUUACACUGUUUUGCAGUGUAAAUAGGUGGUUAAGAAGAUGCCAAAGUAGAUAUCUGUGUCAUCUUCUGAGAAGACAGCUUUCAAUUAGAUGUAGAAUUUUGUUUUACCAUCCAUGUUUCUGGACAUUUUUAGGGUAACCCCAGUGAAAUCAGAUGGAUGUGUUAACAUUCACAUUUUCAAGGACACAGUUUUAAAUAUGAGUUCCCACAUUCUCCAGCUGUAUGACCUUGAACAGGUUAGUUAGUUUCUCUAAGCUUCAUUUUUCUCAUUUAUAAAAUAGCUAUAAUUCCUAUCCCCUCCUGCCAACAUUUUAUGAGAAUUAUAUGAGAUAAUAUUAGUGCAUGACAUUUAUAGACAUUUGACAAAUGUUGGUUCUCUUAGCCCCCUCCUGGGGUUGCUAAGAAUGGAUGGAAUCUUGCCAUCACAGAGUGGAGAAUUUUCUUUUUUUCUUAUCUUCAUACUCUCUGAACUUAUAUGUAGAAGUCCUUCAACUUAACACAUGCCUGAUUAAUAUUUGUUAAACCAUAUUCCAAAGGUAUCAGAAAGACUGAGUUCUGAAACAGAAAAUUGUAUUCCAUUGGCAAAUUUAGUAGCAGACUAUUGUUUAUGACCAUACAGCUGAAAAUUACUGAGCCAUAUUUGGUAGUUUAUACCCUCUAUCAAGACAGAUAGGUCUCUUGGGCCUGCCUCUUAUAAGGGGCCCCAAAAUGUUACACAAUAUGGAUAAGAAAAAGGCUUUAUGGAGGAAAGAGAAACUCACCAGGAGCUCUCUGGUCAGAAAGACAGAAAUGCAUGAAGUGCCUCAUUUUGCAUCAUCCUAUAGAAAAGCAUUUCAAAGCUGGGACUUUAGCUAAAUGGAAAACUACCUUGUCCUUACUUUUCUCACUUAGCCUUCGAUCAGACUGGCCAUGGUUCUUACAUAGGUAUUUGGAUGGGCGUAGAAGAUCAAGUCCAGACUCCCCAUAUUACCUUCACAGAGCACUUUGAAGGAUCUGGCCCCACUUACCUUGCCUACAUGAUCUCCCACUGCUCUGUAAUGGGUGAGCCCCACCUCAUCCUUUGUUUUUCACUUCCUCAUCUACUCCUUUCCCCUUUUUUCUUUAAGAUCCAAUUCAAACACAUCUUCUUCAAUGAAGCAUCUCUGAAUAUGUACCAGAAUAAUCAAUCUAGUCACUGCCAUCACUAUGCCAUCUGUGCUCCCUGUUGCAGUGCCUAUCCAUCUGCAUUGCCACUCUCACCAGACUUCCAGUUCCCUGAGGGUGGAGACCAUGUCUUAAUCAAUCUUUCAUUAAUUUAUUCAUUCAAUGACAUCUAUCCAGGGCCUGUUAUGUGCAGGGACUGUGCUGGGUCCUGGAGAUACAGUGGUGAGUAAAAGCACAUGUGAUCCCUGCCCCCAUGGAGCUCACCAUCUAGUUGGAGAGACAGACGUCACCAAGUACUCACCAAGACAGAGCUACAUCUGCACCUGUGACUUUGUUAUGACUGGGGGGCAUAUGGUGUCAUGAUGCCAGCACCAAGGGGAGUUGAUGCGGGGAGGUCAGGGAACCCUCCACGAGAAGUGAAGAUUGAGCUGUGAGGGACUGGAACACAGCCUGUCUGGCUUCAAGCCUACGCGGUCGCACUGUACCUGCUCGGAGUGGUCGUGCUGCAGGCUUGGGUCAAUGAGAGAGAGCAGGUGAAAGACAGUAGGAUCACUUAUCUCAGUUUAAGUUGUUAAAAGUUAAUUCUACUAGAACUGCAACAUGACACUGGGUGAUUAGGAAGAAGUAAUAACCAAAAUAAAACUAAUAAAAAUAAAUCCUCAAUAUGCGUUUUCUAUUUAUUAAUCCAAAUCUUAUUUCUCAACUGAAAGUCAUCAAUACAAAGUCACUGUACCCUACUUCUAGCUCCCACAAUAUCCUCCCCUCCCCCAACACACACACACAAAGGUGGAUUUAUAAUCGCAUAGCACGUGCAGGCCAAUAUUGAUUCUUCAGGGCCCAUGGCCUAGGGGAUUCCACAGCCAGAGACGAAAGGAGAUACUUGUAUGGAACUAGAACUCUCUUGGUACAGUUAUUCUUCUAGUCCACAUGUGUCCAGAGCUGACCAGGCUCUUGAACUUAUAAAAGAAAUACUGUAGAAGGCCUCAUCCCUGUUCUGAAGGAGCUCACUGCUCCUUCAUGUAUGAAUGUAUUCAGACAUGUAUGAAUAAACAUUUGAGGAAGCCAUUCGAGACCCGGUAUAACAAAGUGCUACAAUUGUCAGGAGAGAGGAGGUAGGUUUUCACAGAGAAAGAACACCUUGUUCUGGCCACAAUAGUCUGGAAGACUGCGAGAAGCCGGCCGGCUUGAGUCAUGCCCUGAAAGGUUUGGAUUAGAGAAAAAGAAACAGUAACUACUAACGUGUAUUGUAUGCCUAUUACAUCCUGGGCACCGUGCUAGGCAAUGUUUUAUUUCACUUCGGUCUCAUCACAGUCUUGCAAAGCAUAUCUGCAUAUCCCUGUUUUACAGGUAAGGAAACUAAAAUUUUUGGUUAAUGUUAUCAAAUAUUGUCUACAUUGCACAAUUUCUUUCUUAGACCUUCCUUUAUAUUUUCAUACUUUCUUGUUAGAGAAAUACACCAACUUCAUCAUGAUUGAAGACAACAAGGAAAACAAAGACCAUUCUUUAGAAAGGGGAAGAGCAACUCUCAUUUUUUCCUUAAAGAAUGAAGUUGGAGGACUUAUAAAAGCCCUGAAAAUCUUCCAGCUACCCAAAUUGGUGAGAGAAGAUGCCCUCCUCCCACAGGAGAAGCAUGUGAACCUGUUACAUAUCGAGUCCCGAAUGUCAAAGAGGAGAAACUCAGAAUUUGAGAUUUUUAUUGACUGUGAUAUCAACAGAGAACAAUUGAAUGAUAUUUUUCACCUCUUGAAGUCUCAUACUAAUGUUCUCUCUGUGAAUCCACCAGAUAAUUUCACUGUGAAGGAAGAUGAUAUGGAAACUGUUCCUUGGUUUCCAAAGAAGAUUUCUGACCUGGACCUUUGUGCCAACAGAGUUCUGAUGUAUGGAUCUGAACUAGAUGCGGACCAUCCUGGCUUCAAAGACAAUGUCUACCGUAAAAGACGAAAGUAUUUUGCAGACUUGGCUAUGAACUAUAAACAUGGAGACCCCAUUCCUAAGGUUGAAUUCACUGAAGAGGAGAUUAAGACGUGGGGUACUGUGUUCCGAGAGCUCAACAAACUUUAUCCAACCCAUGCGUGCAGAGAGUAUCUCAAAAACUUACCUUUGCUUUCUAAAUAUUGUGGAUACCGGGAAGAUAAUAUCCCACAACUGGAAGAUGUCUCAAACUUUUUAAAAGAGCGCACAGGUUUUUCCAUUCGUCCUGUAGCUGGUUACUUAUCACCAAGAGAUUUCUUAUCAGGUUUAGCCUUUCGAGUUUUUCACUGCACACAGUAUGUGAGACACAGUUCAGAUCCCCUCUACACCCCAGAGCCAGAUACCUGCCAUGAACUCUUAGGUCAUGUCCCCCUUUUGGCUGAACCUAGCUUUGCUCAGUUCUCCCAAGAAAUUGGCCUGGCUUCCCUUGGAGCUUCAGAGGAGGCUGUUCAAAAACUGGCAACGUGCUACUUUUUCACUGUGGAGUUUGGUCUGUGUAAACAAGACGGGCAGCUGAGAGUCUUUGGUGCUGGAUUACUCUCUUCUAUCAGCGAACUCAAACAUGCACUUUCUGGCCAUGCCAAAGUAAAGCCCUUUGAUCCCAAGAUUACCUGCAAGCAGGAGUGUCUCAUCACAACUUUUCAGGAUGUCUACUUUGUGUCUGAAAGCUUCGAAGAUGCAAAGGAGAAGAUGAGAGAAUUUACCAAAACAAUUAAGCGUCCAUUUGGAGUGAAGUAUAAUCCAUAUACACGAAGUAUUCAGAUCUUGAAAGACACCAAGAGCAUAACCAGCGCCAUGACCGAGCUUCAGCAUGACCUCGAUGUUGUCAGUGAUGCCCUUGCUAAGGUCGGCAGGCAGCUGAGCAUCUGAUGUCGCCAGUCCUAAUCCUGAGAGCAGCUGAGCAUCAAUUCAGAGGCCUGUGGGCCAACUCUUGCUUUUCUUGAAGAGCUGGUUGUGGGGGGACUGCAGCCAAACAAUGUUCUCUAUUCCCAUCUCUUCAUGGAUCAUUAGUCUUUGAAAAUUUGUACCUGGAUACUCUAGCUACAACUUAUUCUUUUUCUAACAUCUUUAGUGAAAUAUGAUUCACAUACCAUACAAUUCAUUGACCACUUGCUUUUCAUAGAGAACUUGUUUGACCCAAUGGAUAGAUCUAGUCCCAGCCUGAUUCUAUUUUCCUCAAUCCUUCUUGGCAAAAUGACAUUUAUAAUCAUUUGAAGUAUCUUAAUGGGGUAUUAUGGAGCUGAUUCAUAUUGUUAUCUAAGAUCCUCUUAUUUCUGAAGUGUCUUACUUAUCGAUGAAUUUGUGCCAAGCUUGGUCCCAUUCAUAUGCCUAAAUUUAGUAGCCCAACUGUCUCCUCUGGUAGCAUGAGCAAAGUGUAGAGGCCUUUGCACACGAAACAUACCCAGUAAAGAGCAAGUAGUCUAGUUCAGGUGUAGUUUCCUGCAGGAAAAUAGUAGCGGCAAAGUCUGGAAAGGUUGAUUGGGGUAUAAUCCUUGAGAUCAGGCUAAGAAUUUGGGACUUUUUUUUGUAGCCACUAGGGAGUCCCUUCCAAGUGACUGUCUUCCUUGAAACUCUUUUUCCUGUCUAUGGCAUUGCAUCAUGCUGGUUUGUUUUAGAUUAUCUGUCCUACUCGUGGGGCCAAGGGGAACUUGGUGGGGGUGCCACUUGCAAGGCCCAUGUAUCGUGAUGAGAUUGUCCUCUGGUUAGCAGGAGACAGCACUGCCAAAAGGAGAGUUCAAACUGAAAGACAAGAGAGAAGCACAAAGUUAAAGGUGGAAAAGCAGCGUCAAGUACUUUAUUUCCAAGGUAUAAGGUGAGACUGUAAAUAGGAAGGCAAGUCAUGAGGGUAGAGGGUGAGGAAAUAAAGAAGAAGUGGAAUGUAAGAAAGACCAAGAAGACCAUUUCAGACCCAUCACUGUAAUAAUGCAAGGGGUUGCAAGGAUUGGUUAUGUCGUCUGUAUAUUUCAGGGAGUACUGAUGGUGCUGUAGUACAGGCUUGAUAUAAAUGAGUGAAGCUGAACUCUCAAAUACAUGCUGGGUCUCUUUAUUUUGCUCCUUUUCUCCCCCUACCCACUAAAGGAAGACUUUCCUCAAAUUUCUGUCUUUGGCCCUCCUCUCUCUGCCAUCUCUUCAUGAGAAAUGUCAUUCAUGUCCACGACUUCAAUUCUUAUUUCAGAUGACUCCCAUAUUUGCAGUGCUAACUCUGACAUAUUUCUUGAAUUUUUGCCUGUUAAUUCCAGCUGGCUGUUGGAUAUUUUCAUCUAGAUGUCCUAUUCGUUAGGCCAACGUUGUACAACUCCUUGUAGUACCAUUCAUGCAGAAUGAAAUGGGAUUGUGUAACACAGCAGCCCUGUCAAGUAUCUGAAACUCAACAGGUUUAAAUGGAACUCAGAAUCACCUGAAUAUUAUACCCCGUCAGCUUCCUCUCCCAGUGAUCUUAUUUCUUAAUGGUACAUUCAAAGUCACAUUUUAAGUUAAUUUUCCAGUCUUAAUCAGCUACUUGAAGAAUUGUGUCCUUAUUUUUUUUCACAUUAAUAGUCGCAUUACAUACCAUUUAACAUGUUUUAUUUCACAUCAGAUCACUAGAUCUUUUAAUACUUUUUAGACCUCAAAAGAAAUUAUUAAAAACUUUAAAAGAAUUUAUUUCACUUUGUUAUACAAGGAACUAGAAUUGGGAAGAGUAAUUCAUGCUAUUUUGGAUUUACACAUUACUUAUAAAUUUUAAUAGCUGACCGACUGUUAAGUAUACCUUUGAUGGUAACAGAUCCAAGUCAGCUAAUCUAAAAUCACUUGAAAUAUUGAUUAGCUGGUUUAUAGUUAGCAUAUUUUGUUGCAAGGAAAUCUAUUAUAAGCAAACCAUGAUAGCAAAUAACAGCAAAUUAUGCAUACUGUAUGUGGUUACUUUCAUACAACUUUGAUCAUGGUAAAGAAUCAUAGUUGUUGAAGUUUAUACUAAUGGUAUUUAAAAUCACUCUAUGACUAAAGCACACUGAAAUAAUGUUAAGGCACAACAGUUAUAAUUCACAACUUCAGAAUAAUGGAAAUAUUUAAUGAUUGAUUUCAGUUCUUUCUUCUAACCUCUGGAUUUGUGAUAUUUAGUAAAUCAGGAAUCCUGAGAGUCUUAGAAUUUUCAUACAUUUUACGUAUAUAUCUGCAAAGCAUCUAGGAAUAUGUUAACAGUUAUUCAAAUAUGAGAACAGAACUGAACCAAAAAUUUGGUUCAUAAUUCUUAAUCAGUGAGUUAUUACUCAAAGAUAUAGAUGGUGUUUUCCUGACUUUUUGAAGAAAGCUCGAAAUGUUGGUCAUCAGAAUGCCUACAUUUCUUAAUCUGCCUAUUUUGUCAUUCAGAGUUAUACAGUAGUAACGACACACCAAAAUGUACAGAAUUAUAGUUAAUUUUUAAGUUGGCUCCCAAGUUGAAAAAAGAAAAAAUUCUGGAUUUCUCUAAGGGAACAUAUAAUAGAGUUCAUACAUUAAUUUCUAGGACAUGUAUCAAGAUACUGUGGUCUAUUUCAGUCUAGUCUUUAUUUUACUAUAUAACAUACAUUUAUGAUUUGUAAGUUUGUUAUUCAACUGGAUAAUAAAUUAGCACAAAAUUCAUCUUCUCAACAAGCAUUUAUUUUUUGUCAAACAAAUGUUAAAAACUAAUUUAAAUAUAUGUUAGCAAUUUUAUUGGUUUAAGGAAUCUAUAACAUCCUUACACUUCUUAAAAAGCCUAUGAAUAUGAGAUAUAAGGGAAGCCAAACCUGGAACCUAGAGUAACCACUUUUCAGAAUUCUUGAUGAAGUCUAUCUCAUGUUCCUCAUCUGUAACAUGAGCUAAAUCUACUUCCCUGGGUUAUUGAGGAAUUCUGUUAUGAGAGGACUUUGUAAAAGAAACUUAUUGUCAUAUGUAAAGAAUCUUUAGUAUAAUCACUCUCCUAAUCAGAGGUCCCCCAUAGCUUCUGGAUGAUUUUAUCUUUCUCCAGAGGGAAUUCACUUUUGCUUCUAGCAGGCAGUAUAUAAAGGCAUGGGAAGAUCUCCUUAGUCCAACCAGGAAUCAAGGCAAUUGGAGCUGAGCUCAGUCUUUGUGAGGGCUGGUCUAUUUCCAGGUUGCUUCUACUACUAAGGUGCAGUCCUUUGGAGACCCCAAAGGAAAGCUAUGGGUGUGGACCAGCGCUUCUCCUUGGGAACCCUGGGCUCCUACUUUUGUCCCCUCCUUCGCGCUCAUCUGCCUCCCCCAUAGGAUUGCUAAAAGUACUGUUCAAUUUCUCAGUUUCUCAGUUGCUGCUUUCAGCCCAGUUUCUUAGCCUCCAAGUCACUGCUUGCUAAUUAGCACAAAUGCUUCAAGCAGAAAAGUUAUGCCAAAUAUAAUCUCUCAGCUUCAAGAUCUUGGCCCUUCAAGUUCUGGCUGCUUUGACAGCUCUCCAAUGACUUGAAACAGAUUUUUAAAAUGUGUUCCCCCAGUUUUUCUAGUUGUUUUUGGUGAGGGAAGUGGUCUGGAGCUAGCUAAUCUGCCUUUAUCACAACAAAAAUCUGACCUUGAAGUAAAUCAUUUAACUUCUUUGAGCCUCAGUUUUCUCAUCUAUGAAAUAAUGAUCCUAACAGUACUUAGCGUACCAAUAAUAUUGAGAGGAUCAAACAAGAUAAUCUAAUGGAAAAAAAUUUCCUAACCUGUAUGCUACAGAGGUAUAGUGUGUACGGCCAGAUACUUUAUAUUUUCCUCCUGUGGGGAGAUAAGGCAUCUGAAAGUGACACUAUUAUUAUAGAUGACUAUUAAAUAGUUUAAGGCUAGCCCAGUUCAAGAGCUGCAACUCAACCAGGGAGAGUUAGUCAGCGGCAUGUACAUAGUUGAAACAGUUGAAACAUCUCAGUGCUUCCAAGAAAUUGUAUUAAGGGAUAUAACUGUAAGUUAGCUGAAGUAUUGAUGCAUGCGCAUUCAAGAGGAAUUCAAGUUGGGAAAUGACUGAACUCUUCUAGACCCUCUCUCUAUUAGAACUGACUCUGGGGACUCUGCGUACUCCUUGCCCCUUUGGUUGAAAUCUCAGGUCCCUGCCUUGAAGUUUCUGCUCGUUCCCAGUCCUUAGCUUCUAAUCUCUCUCUGUCUCUCUCUUUCACACACACAUACACACACGCACUCACUGUCUCAUUUCAGUAUUUUAAAAGUCCAGUCUUGUGUAAAAGUUCAAAACAUCGAACUUUAUGUAAUGUUAAAGUUUUUCUUCUCUGGAAUCGAGAAAGGAAGGGGUGUGCUUAGUUAGCUUCUUAUGUUCUUGCUCCUCCUUCCUCAGUCUCUAGGAUGCCUCUGGCUCCUCCAGGGUUUGGGAAUGGUGGUGGGGAGGGGACGGUAAGGAGUAGAAAGUUCUUUUUGUUCUGAUACUGUGUGAGUUGGCGUAUGUGCUUCCUGUCCUUGGUAAGUAUAAGGCUGACUCUCAUUCUCUGUGGGUGUUUUGGAAGACCUUCCUACUUCUUAUUCCUCGGGAUCUCUUGAUGUGGGUACCUCUCUGACUGGGCUGUUGAAUUCAUCUCCCUCAGCCUCUAGGAAUGUAUUGGCCAACUCUCUUGUGGGUGUCACUUAUCUGGCCACAAGCCAUUGGAUUUCUCAGCACAAAUUGGACAGCAGCCUGCCCAGGCCCCAGUCUGGAGGGAUACAUACCAAGUUCACUUAGUGGCCCUCUGAGGCAUGCCUCUCCUUAGACAUGAGGAGGGCAGGACUCACUGCACAUUGACAACUAACACCACAUAUCCAAACAGAAUUCUCUCUCAGCCUCUCUAACCUCUUUCAUGGACUGGAAGUCAUACACUGGUUUCUAGAGACCUCCUUCACAAGUUCUGCUUUGGUGGUCUUGUACAUCACUUAAUAAUGGGGGAGUAAUUGGCACUUAUUGCCUUGGAGUCUCAGCCAAAACUGAGACGGGAAGGGUCUGAUUUUUACAUUCUAGUACACAUGCUUUAAGGAAUGCUCAGAACGCUCUUACAAAACCAUCAGCAAUCAUGGUAUAGUUUUUGCACAUCAAGGUCUCUCGAGAACAAAGAGCUGCUUUGCCUCGCUCAAGUUUACAUUUUUCUUGGCAUGGGCACUGAUGUUCUCAAGAUGUCACAGGCAGGAGAGGUAAAGGUGAGGUGCUGCCCUCAAGUGGUCUUUUAGGCAGAGACACCAAGGAAUGGGUGGAGUGAAAAAAAAGGAAAGAACUGUGUCAAGUGCUCACCAGAAACACUUUCCAGGGCCCCCAGGCAUAAAGGGUGAUGAGUACUUGUGUCAGCAGAGGGGUCAAGUACUAGUGAAUGUGGAUUAUCAUCUUGGAUGUGACCCCACUUGUACCCACAAGAUAAUGUGUGACUUGGAAAAUAUGCGUUAUGUACAAAAAAGGACAAAAAAGAAAAUAAAAAUCACUUGUAAUCCA